GUAAGAUUUUUAACGACUUUUCGAUCCCGAGUGUUUACCCGCCUUCUGACGCGAUGGUUCAUGAAGUUUGUUCUUUGCUGAUAAUCAUGGCGACAUGUUACAAUCUACACUCCUUAAUCAUAUCAUAGCAUUGGAUGCGCGAAGAACUGCAUUGUAAACGGGUGACUUACGUGACGCAAUUGGAUAUUAUAAUCAACACAUUUGACACUGAUUGUCAAAAAAAUGCCUCAACGCAGAACAAAACUUGAGCCGUGGAUAGAAAAGAUUAUCCUUAAUCACGACACAGAACUGGAGAUAAGUACUGGACGACUGAAAGCUCAUGUUGUUGGAGUGAGUCAAAUGUCAUGUUCCCAAGCUCAGGUGACAGAGGGCCCUACGGGGUUACUGUUACUCUCUGAUGGAGUUGUCCAGAUCCCUGCUGUACUGACUGAGUCUGCAUGGGAAAAUCUUCAGGAGCAGGAGGACCGUGAGUGUUUCUCCAGCCUUGUCAACACCACUGUUUUUUUGCAAUCGUAUCAUCUGCAGUUCCAUAUGGCACUUGAACAGGCAAAGUGCAGAUUUUUCCUGUCAGUUGGCGAGCUGGCCACAACAGCUGCUGGGACGGUCAAAGACAAUACUCCCUGCUGCACAUCUCUCCCCUCUGUUCAGUUGAAGAUUUCUAAAACAUGGAGAAACCUACUGAGUCAGGACUUGGUGGUUACUCAGAACAGCCAGUGUGGCUUUGAUCUGUCAGAGCUGCUUGGGGAAUGGCACCAUAACUGUAUGGAGGCCAUGUUGGAGGAUGUCCGGGAAAGGCUGGCAAUAUUGAGGAGACCGGUUUCCCCGCAGCCCUCUACAUCUUCCUGCAUCCCGUCCGUUCUCCACUCAGACACAUGCACUGGAACAGAAUGGGAUGCCGAGAGGAUCAGACAUAAGGGAACAGAGCCUUUUAGCAUCCCACUCACUGAUCUUCUUAUUCCAGAAGAGGCUGAACGGCCACACAUGCAAUCAGAUGAAGGAAGUGAAACACAAAGUAGACUGUUUGUUCCUUCUGAGGAUAGAGAGAGAAAUUCAUUACCUGCCCUCCAAGAUGUACAUGCUGUUCAACCAACUGUAAAUUACUUAAAAUUGCAGACAGCCAAACUAGCAGUUAUGGAGAGAAGGCCUGAAGUUGGUGAGCAAUCACUUCCUGAGGAAAUCAUAUUAAAUGAGGAUAUGGUUGUGAGAAUGAUGCAUAAGGCCAAGUCAAACCCUUGGGAUAUUUUUCCCCCACCAUCCGAUGUGCUCAACACCUCCUCCUGUUCUGAUAAAUCUAUGACCUCAAACAUCAUCCCACCCCUUUCCCAAAAUUUUCCUUCCACUAUUGCGUCACAAACUGCGUCUGUUGCUGUCAUUACCAGCACACAAAUACCCUGCCAAGGGCAAGGGGUUUCCGAGGCAUCGGGGCAAAGCAGGGAAGAGCAUUACUUUCUCUCCCCAUACCAGAAACCGCAGCCAACAUCUAGCCUUGUUGCCAACUCCAGUUCUUCAGCUGCAGGCUCACAGGAAUCUAUCAGCAGACCUUUGAAUCUAUCGAAGGGUGUAGAGGCUAACUGUUCUCAGGUGACACAACACUUUCUGCUCGUGUCAGACCAAGAAAAUGUCCUGGCCGAAAGAGACACAGAGAUGCAGGGGGAGGUUAUUCAGAGGAAAUGCAAGAUGGUUAAGAGGAAGAGAACUGAAGACACGCCAGAUGAUUUGACUGCAUUCGAGGAAGAGGGGGAAGCUCAGAUUGCCUGGAGCCCCCCCUCUUGGCUGUAUGAAACACAGUUUUCCAGGACUGAAGUGAGGAACAGCUUGAAGCAGGACAAAGCUACAGGGACCAUCCCAAGGAAAGUCUCCACUUUUCACAGCGAUGGCACCAAAUUUUCAUAUUCUUACACAGUUUCUGAUCAAACCAUGCAGAAUUUCUCCAAAUUUAAAGUUGAUGAUAAUUUGGCCCAUUGGGCCGUAAAAUAUCUUCUUGUUCAAAGACAGACUGCUAAUUGACAAAAAGUUUUUUAUGAAUAAGAAUUAGCAUCCUAAAAGUGCUGCAGGCCUAUUACUUAUUGGUUUCAACAUGACAUGACAGAAGAGUAGCGUAGUUCUCAGGGGAAAAUUGUACAUUGCUAAAUCAGGUUGAAAGCUGGACCUAUUUGUCUUCCAUUGAUUUGAAUGGCUUCACUUGAAAUUCGUCAGUUUCAAAAAUUAACAAAAGUACAAAAGAUGGACUACAAUUAGUUCAUUUUUUUCUAGACCAUUUUCCUUCAUGUUAUAGUCCAUUGGUCAUUACAACACACUCGAUUAAAAACAAAAAAAUUCACAACCUGACUUUUGAGGACAAGAUAUUCUUUACAUUGCAAGCUAGCUGGACUCGGCCUACCUCAGUCUGCUCAUGGUCAAAGCAGAAUAUUUCUUUUUCCCUGUUUGGACUAUUGUUAUGCAAAGAAGCUCUGGUAUUACAGCUGUAUUGCUGCUAGUAAAAUCUAUUUUAUCAAAACAAUUGUUUUUACUAAAAUAAAAGCUGGUAUUGCAUUAUUUUAACUGUAGAAGUGCUUUCUCUCUGUCCAGAGGAUGUCGCCAAAUACCAAGUUUCUUGUUUCUGAUAUUGGUGCUUUUUCAUUAUAGUGUGCCAAAAAAAAAAAUCAACAUAAUUUUGAAUGAAACAACAGUUAAGUUGGCACUGUCAUUAUGGAGACCUCAGGAACACAAGUCAUUACAUCUGCUAAAAGCAGUAGCCAUACAGGUUAUAGUGACAUUAUGAAUACAAAGACAACUGGGGUGUUAAUAUCUGUAACAUUCAUUUCUAUGGCGAAGACUUUAAUUAUGCAGCAGAUCAGACUA